AUGGCUAAAUCAACUCCGCAUCAAGAAACCGAAUUCGAAUGCGUCUCUAUAUACAAACAACCUGCAUUACAACAUCCUCUAAUGAAGAAUCAUCGUAUGCAGACUAGACCAAGUCGAGAGCUUUUAUCAAUGCUUUCUACCUCCAAUGGUAACAUACCCAAAGAGAUUGAUUUGAAGGGAUCAGAAGAAUGUUCAGAGGGACAAGUACCCAUUCAUAUACCAAAAACCAACUUCACCAAUGAUCUUAUUCAUCCCCAACAAUCUUAUAAUCAGUCAGGCCGUAUCUUGAAACAAGCUCGUGGUGGUAAGGGUAAAGAAAAGAAGAGAAAUAAGAAACAUAAGCACAAGCCAAAAUUAUUUAACGAGACCCAUCUACAUUAUGCAAUUGUUAAGACAUUUGAAAACUCGACAAAAAGAUGGCGUGGAGCACAAGCAUUGUUCAAUAUUAACAAGCCUCAAGUGGCACAAAAUCAGUUUAGUAAAGCUUGGAUUUGGCUUAAUUACAUCCAAGGAAGCGUGAUGAGCAGCAUCCAGUUUGGUUGGGCUGUGCAUACAAAACUAUAUCCAGACGAUCGUCCAAGACUAACCACAUUUUGGAUGUCAGAUAAAAAUCAAAAAGGAUGUUACAAUGCGUUAUGUCCAGGAGGUUAUGUUCAAAUUCAUAAAUCAAUCUACCCCGGUUUGGUUUAUGAUAAAUUCAAUGUUCCAGGAGGAAAACAUAACACUGUCCAUCUCUCUGUUGCUGAGGAUCCAGUGACCAAAAAUUGGCUACUGACGAUAGGUUCCACAUUGAUAGGGUAUUGGCCACGUCAAAAUCACAUGGCGGGAGGAGCUUCUGAAGUUUACUUCGGUGGAUUAGCAGGAAACAGUGACUUGUCGUCUCAACAUAAGACGUCAACAAGCCCACCGAUGGGGAAUGGAGCAUUUCCGACAGAAGAUUUGAGUCGGUCUUGUUUUAUGAAACAGCUUAAGUAUGUUCUUUCGGAUUAUACGAUUGUGGAUAUUAAUCCAAACGAGUUGGAGGAUUAUGUGGAUAGUCCUAAGUGUUAUGGUGUAAUGUUUCUCAAGUAUGUAGAUUUUGAUUCUAGAGAGACUCUUACGUUUGGAGGACCAGGUGGACAAUGUUGA